AUGCUGGCUAAGGGGCUUGCCCAGCAUUCAGUGCUGGCCAAAGGCUGCCAGGUCUUCCUGGGCACCAGUGGGCAGGGCCUGGCAAAUUAUCCCAAGAUGUUCACUAGAGGCAUGGCUGGCACCUCUACCCACAGUCCUCGGCCCUUCCAUGAGAUCCCUUCUCCAGGUGACAAUGGCUGGCUAAACCUGUACCAUUUCUGGAGAGAGAAAGGCACUUACCACAUCCACUAUCGCCACGUUCAGAAUUUCCAGAAGUAUGGCCCCAUUUACAGGGAGAAGCUCGGGAAUGUGGAGUCAGUUUACAUUAUGGAUCCUGAGGACGCAGCUCUGCUCUUCCAGUGUGAGGGGCCGCACCCCGAGCGCUAUCUCAUCCCGCCCUGGGUGGCUUACCACCAGUACUACCAGAGGCCCCUUGGUGUCCUGUUCAAGAAUUCAGAAGCCUGGAAGAAAGACCGUCUGGUCCUGAACCAGGAGGUGAUGGCCCCGGAAUCCAUCAGGAACUUUGUGCCCUUGCUGGAGCCGGUGUCACAGGAUUUUGUCCGGCUCCUACAUAGGCGCAUCCAGCAGCAGAACUCUGGGAAGUUCUCAGGGGACAUCAGUGACGACCUGUUCCGCUUUGCCUUUGAGUCCAUCACCAAUGUCAUAUUUGGGGAGCGGAUGGGGAUGCUGGAGGAGGUCGUGGACGUCAAGGCCCAGCAGUUCAUCAACGCCAUCUACCAGAUGUUCCACACCAGUGUGCCCAUGCUCAACCUGCCCCCAGGCCUCUUCCGGCUCUUCAGGACAAAGACCUGGAGGGACCACGCAGCUGCAUGGGAUGUGAUUUUCGAUAAAGCCGACACAUACACCAAGAGCUUCUUCUGGGACUUGAGACAGAAACGCGACUUUCAGAACAAAUACCCUGGCAUCCUUUAUAGCCUCCUAAGCAGCAACAAGCUGCCCUUCCAGAACAUUCAGGCCAACAUCACCGAGAUGUUGGCAGGAGGUGUGGACACGACAUCCAUGACCCUGCAGUGGCACUUGUAUGAGAUGGCAUGUAACCUCAACGUGCAGUCCAGGCUUCGGGCUGAGGUACAGGAUGCCCGGGGCCAGGCCCAGGGGGACAUGACCAAGAUGCUGCAGCUGGUGCCACUUCUGAAGGCCAGCAUUAAGGAGACCCUGAGGCUGCACCCCAUCUCCGUAACUCUGCAGAGAUAUCUUUCGUGUGACUUGGUUCUCCGUGAUUAUUUGAUUCCAGCCAAGACACUGGUGCAGGUGGCCAACUAUGCUAUGGGCCGGGAACCCAGCUAUUUCUCCAACCCCAUCAUUUUCAACCCAUCCCGGUGGCUGGACAAGGACAAGAAUACCACUCACUUCCGGUAUCUGGGCUUUGGUUGGGGUGUGCGGCAGUGUCUGGGCCGGCGGAUCGCAGAGCUGGAAAUGACUAUCUUCCUCAUCUAUGUGCUGGAGAACUUUAGGGUUCAACUGAAACAGUUCACUGAUGUGGGUACCAAGUUCAACCUCAUUCUCACGCCUGAGCAGCCCAUCUACUUGACCUUCCUCCCCUUGAAAAAGGACACGGCCCAGGUGUGAUUACAAAGGGUGGCUCUGACCCCUAUAACCAGGCCACAGUCAUGUGGGCAGAUGGCCGAGUGGGUGCCACCAGGCCUCACAUCUCUAAUCCUGUGUCCCCACUCCUUCAGGGCAGGUGGUUCACCUCAGUAUUCACCUGCCCCAGCUCAGCAGAGCCCUGACCUGCCCUCCCCUCCAGCCCACUUUUCCCUAUCUCCCGUCCUGAAAAGAAAAUAAAUGGUUGAACUAUGGGAAUGUUUUUCUUUCCAAUGG